AUGACGACCACGACGACCGAUACACCCUCGCUCUUCCUGCGCACCCUCAUACCAACGCUCCCAACUGGACUUUCGAGAAAAAUCCGCACACUGUGCACAGCAUCCCCUGCGAACGAGCAUUCACUCGAGAAUCUCCUACGCUUUGUUCUUGGAGCCGAAUGCCAAUAUGAGAAUGAGAUUUUAAGUACGAACGGGGGCAAUGAGAAGGAUGGUGAGUUGAAGGAUGAACAAAACGAACAGUGGAAGGAGAAACAGGGUAAGGCCAGGGAGGUGGUCGCGAUGCUCAUUCCCCCAGCCGUCCCCACUGUGCCGAACUCAUUAACACCAAUGGAUAUAAAGAAACGCCCCCGAUCAGACAAAGAGGAGGAGGAGGAGGAGGAGACUCAGAAGAGUAAGAAACAGCGCCUAUCAGGUUCUUCGCCGGUAUCCACACCACUCGAUCCCGGCGCUCCCAUUUUCGCGCUGCAUGCCCUCAGCACCACCUCCCCGCUGCGCAAGAAGCUGGAUAUUACAAUCCAUACACACGGAAUUGUGCUCACUCACCCAACCACACGUGUCGUCGAAACAUGUAUCCCAUUUACAACAGUCAAGCGGGCAUUCGUGCUGCCAACGAGGGGGAAGCAGAAACCGCACUGGACGGUGGUCGUCAUGGGGUGUGAUGCACCGGUGGGGAAAGGAAAGGGCAAAGAGAAAGAGAAGGACUCUGACCAGCAGCUCAUCUUUGGCCUCGACGCGUUGACUGCGAACGCCACUGCGUUUUCGUUCUCGACUUACUCCUCCUCCUCAACGCCAGCAACAACUGUGCUCCCGAAAUCGACCCCAACACUCCCCACACUCCUGCAGUUCCUCACGCACCUCCCUGCCCAUGCGACCCUCAUCCGGCCGUCCACGGACGUAUUCAAGAGCGCGUGUCCUGGAAUGGGUCACGCCGCAUCUACCUCUUCAGUCACUGCGGAUGCAAGCAUAAAUGAUGAUGACAGCAAAACAGGCCGCGGCGCUAGAACCAAAGCCACUGAUGGGGGCGCAGCAGGCGUACCAGGCAUCGAAGCCCACCGUAGCGUCAAACCAGGCACGCUGUGGUUUGCGCGCGAGGGUAUCUUGUGGGGCGAGAGUCGGCCGUGUGAAUUUUGGGCUGUCGAGGAUCUGUGUCCUAUGGGUGGACCUGGUGAGGGUGUAAAAAUUGUAGGUGCUGGAAGGACGUGCAGUGUCAUCCUCAGCCGGUGGAGUACGAGUGGGGAAGAAGAGGAAGUGGACGAAACAGAGUUCAGUAUGGUUGACGCCAAAGAGCGCGAGGGUAUCAGCGCGUGGGUACGCACGCACCGGCAUCUCUUUGGCGGUUCCAAGGAUAACACUACUGGCGCAGAUGUCAGUCCGAAUGGUCAGGUCAAAAAAAUUAAAUCAAAGAGCGUCCCAACAGGGCCCAUCACCAUCAGGACGAUGGACGAGGACUCUGAUUCCGACGACGAGAGCUUUGCGGAGAGCGGGGCAUCGGACUUGGACGGCUCAGAGAGUGACAGCGACAGCAACUCUUCAUCAUCUGAUGAAGACAAAGGUGAGGAUGAGCAAGGGGAAGAAGAGGAGGAAUCCGACAACGAAAACAAAGGUUCAGGGGCCUCCCGCAGGGAGGAAGAGGAAGAAGAUUCUGAAAUUGAGGAACUUGACCCCGUACAUCACCCCCUCCUUCGUCCCGGUGCGAUGCCAAAAAGGAUCUCUAAAGCGGCGCUGGACAUGGUGGUUGGAAUUGUAGAAGGUGAGUUUACUGGCCAAGGAGAAGAGGAAGAUGAAUUGGACGAAGACGGCGAGGAAGAAGACGAACUGAACGAGUGA